ACGGUGGCUUCCGAAAUGAAUCGCCUCUACCAGCUCUUCCUGCAGAGAAACCCGCUCUUCAAGGGGGGGGUCUCCAUUGCGGGGCACAGCCUGGGGUCUCUCAUUCUGUUCGAUCUCCUGACGAACCAGAAAGCUGCUCCCGAGGAGGACGAGCGCAGCGAGGAGGGGUCCCGCUCAACCUCGAGCAGCAGCGGUACGGAGGAGGUAAAAGAAAUCCUGAAGAAGCUGGAGCUGUCCGAAUACUGCGAUGUCUUUGAGAAGGAGAAAAUGGACAGGCAAGCCCUGUUUUUGUGCACAGAGAAAAAUCUGAAAGAAAUGGGAAUUCCCUUAGGACCAAGAAUGAAGAUACUCCAUUACAUCAGCUCCGAGAGGGAGAUGCAGGUGCUUGGACCACCAGCACGGGGUUUGCCUCAUGAGGCAAAUCCGAGUCUCCCUCUCUUCUAGGUCUCGGCAAACUAUCCUCAGCUAAACUACAAGCCCACCAUCUUCUUUGCUUUUGGGUCUCCCAUCGGGAUGUUUCUCACAGUGCGCGGAGUGAAGCGGAUCGACCCAAACUACAGCCUGCCCACCUGCAAAGGCUUCUUCAACAUCUUCCACCCUUUUGACCCGGUGGCGUACAGGAUCGAGCCCAUGAUCGUCCCAGAUGUGGAGUUUGAGCCCAUGCUGCUGCCUCACCACAAGGGCAGAAAGAGGAUGCACCUCGAGCUGAAGGAAGGGCUGACGCGCAUGAGCGUGGACCUGAAGAACAACUUGCUGGGGUCCCUGCGGGUGGCCUGGCAGUCCUUCACCCGUGCCCCGCUGCCAGCCGUGGAGGCGGCGAGCGCCGACGCCGAAACAGAAAAAAAGGAGAAGCAGCCCGACACAAAGCCAGAGGAGACCCCCCCAGCAGUGAAGGAAGAGGCCUCCUUCAUUAACGUGGGGAGGCUGAACGGAGGGAACCGCAUAGACUACGUGCUGCAGGAGAAGCCAAUAGAGAGCUUUAAUGAGUAUCUCUUUGCACUGCAGGGGCACCUCUGCUAUUGGGAGUCGGAGGACACGGUUCUGCUGGUUCUGAAGGAGAUCUACCAGACACAAGGCGUUACGCUGGAUCAACCUUUGCCAGGGGGCCAGUGA